AUUAAAAAUGUCACCGCAUCUAAAGUUGUCUAGUGUUUUCAUUCUUGUCACAAGCAGCGCUGUAUUUCGUCUUGUCGACGCAAGCAACUUUCCAUUUCCCGAAAACGUCUAUCCCGUCGCUCCUUCUUUUCGAAUAAACUCUAAUUUCAGAAGAGCAAUAUUUCCUGAUAUCAACCGGUAUGUCAGUCACAAGGCGUUCAUUGGAAGAAAGUUGUUGCAAGAGGACAUUCAGUUUCUUCAUAAGACGGUGGGGUCUCGUCACAUGGAGAUGUUGAAGGUCAAUCUUUCCGAUGGCGUCGACCCUCAGACGUAUUCGAAUAAAGAUCUUCUACGAGAGUUAAGAUGGAUUCAGAUGAGACUGAGAGAGUCUUUUCCAAAACUCUGCAACUUGAUGGUCAACCUGACAAAGGAGGCACCUUGUGCUACAUCUCAAAACCAUAUUUCGCUUUCAAGCAGUCAAGAUAUAGGGAAUCCUUUGUCAGAAAGCGAAUGGAUUGAUAUAAAGACAUUUGCUGCAAUGCUUGUUUACGGGGAGCAAAUGCUCAAGCAAGAAAAAGUGAUGGAGACAUAAAGAAACGUGC